CCCGCCCCCGCCCGGCACCCGUAGCCGUCGCAGGGGUCGGGCGGGCGGCGCGGUCGGAGGUCGCGGCAAGAUGGCGGGCGUGCCGGCCGUGCGCAUCAGCAUCGAGUCGGCGUGCGAGAAGCAGGUGCAGGAGGUGGGGCUGGAUGGCAGCGAGACCUACCUGCAGCCGCUCUCCAUGUCCCAGAACCUGGCGCGCCUGGCGCAGCGCAUCGACUUCAGCCAGGGCUCUGGCUCCGAGGAGGACGAGCCGGGUUCGGCGGGCCGCGCCUGGGCCGAGCCGGGCGAGGCGGAGGAUGAGGAAGGGUUGGUGAAGUUUCAACCAUCCCUCUGGCCUUGGGAUUCGGUGAGGAACAACUUGAGAAGCGCCUUGACCGAGAUGUGUGUGUUGUAUGAUGUUCUGAGCAUUGUGAAGGAUAAAAAAUUCAUGACUCUAGAUCCAGUUGUGCAAGAUCCCCUUCCUCCAAAGCAGAAUCCUCAGUUUCUCCAGUUGAUUUCAAAAAAGAAGUCAUUAGCUGGAGCAGCUCAAAUCCUGUUGAAAGGAGCAGAAAGAUUAUCCAAAUCAGUAGCAGAAAACCAGGAAAAUAAGCGACAAAGAGACUUCAACUCUGAGCUGCUGAGACUGAGACAACACUGGAAGCUGAGGAAAGUGGGAGACAAAAUUCUUGGUGAUCUGAGCUACAGAAGCGCAGGCUCCCUUUUUCUUCAUCAUGGCACGUUUGAGGUGAUAAAGAACACUGACAUUGACCUGGAUAAAAAGAUACCUGAGGAUUACUGUCCUUUGGAUGUUCAAAUUCCAAGUGAUUUAGAGGGAUCAGCAUAUAUCAAGGUUUCUAUUCAAAAGCAAGCUCCAGACAUUGGUGACCUCGGGACAGUCAACCUCUUUAAAAGACCCAUGCUAAAAUCAAAACCAGGCUCUCCCCACUGGCAGACAAAGUUGGAGGCUGCACAGAACGUUCUUUUAUGUAAAGAAAUCUUUGCCCAGCUGUCACGAGAAGCUGUUCAAAUUAAAUCCCAGAUUCCUCACAUUGUUGUGAAAAAUCAGAUCAUCUCCCAGCCUUUCCCAGGUUUACAGUUGUCUAUUUCUCUGUGUCACUCGUCCAAUGACAAAAAGUCACAAAAGUCUGCUUCUGAGAAACAGAAUCCAGAUGAUCAUCUUUAUGUUCUGGAACAUAAUUUGCAUCAGCUUAUCAGAGAGUGUCACAAGCAAACCCUGAGCUCAACAGUGAUGCCACAUCCAGCUAGUGCACCUUUUGGCCAUAAGAGAAUGAGACUUGCAGGACCCCAAGCUUUUGAUAAAAAUGAUAUCAGUUCUUUGCAGUCAAAUGAAGGCCUUCUGGAAAAGAUAAUAAAGCAGGCAAAGCACAUCUUCCUGAGGCGCAGAACUGCUCGAACCAUUGACAGUCUGGCCAGUCGUAUUGAGGAUCCUCAGAUUCAGGCCCACUGGUCCAAUAUAAAUGAUGUUUAUGAAUCCAGUGUUAAAGUUCUAAUAACUUCUCAAGGAUAUGAACAAAUAUGCAAAUCCAUUCAACUACAGCUGAACAUUGGCGUUGAACAGAUCAGAGUUGUGCAUAGAGAUGGAAGAGUUAUUACACUGUCCCAUCAAGAGCAAGAACUGCAGGAUUUCCUUUUGUCUCAGAUGUCGCAGCACCAAGUCCAUGCAGUUCAGCAGCUUGCAAAAGUUAUGGGAUGGCACGUGCUGAGUUUCAGUAAUCACGUUGGUCUGGGGCCGGUGGAGAGCAUUGGCAAUGCAUCUGCAAUAACGGUAGCGUCACCAAAUGGAGACUAUGCCAUUUCAGUACGUAACGGCCCAGAAAGUGGCAGCAAAGUUAUGGUUCAGUUUCCACGGAGUCAGUGCAAGGAUCUUCCCAAAGGCGAUGUGCUGCAGGACAACAAGUGGAAUCACCUUCGAGGGCCCUUCAAGGAAGUACAGUGGAAUAAAAUGGAAGGGCGGAACUUUGUCUAUAAAAUGGAACUCCUCAUGGCUGCCCUAACUCCAUGUUAAUAAUCCAUCUGCCUCUCCCUGGGGGUUGGAAUCAUCACUGAGCUGCAUACAAUCACUGCUGAGCAGCAGAGGGAAGUGGAAGCUAUGACACAAUGCAAGAAAGCAAACCCAAAUGUAUUUCCUGUACAGAUAUGUCCAUUGUUGUGUUUCUAAUAAAACUUUUUUCAACAACAUCUAAAAUAAACUUCUGGGAAGGUUCCUUUCAGCUGUUUCUUUGCAGCUUGCUCUAUCUAGAGUAGCAUGGGUGUCACUGAUGUAUUUUUCUUUUAUAAAAUUAAUUCAGUAGUUCUUUGCUAUAUGAAAGGUGUCUGCUGAGUCAUUCCCUUCCCUCUCAUGCUCUUACUUUUCUCAAUAGAUCUUUGUAAGGAUUUCUGAGAGAUGAAAAUUACCAGAAUGGAAUUGUGCUAUUGCUAAGCCUUUUAGUGGCUUAGACCAUGGAGACUGGCUAUCUUGGGGGAAGCUAAUGUGCUCGUUUGAUGAGAAGGGGGACAGCAGAGGAGAAGCAGAGCUCUCUUGUCAAGAAUUAAAGCUAAAGAAAGCUUAAGGAACAGUCUUCACUGCGGGACAUUCUUGAGCUGGAGUUUGUACAUGGAUGUGGCUUCUGGGUGAUCCAUUUUUUUUUUUUUUUGAGAGAGAGAAAUUUGGUGGCAAUUCUAAAAGUUGAGAGUGCUACAAAGUCACAGCUUGUGGCAAACAUCUUUCCUUUCUGAUGGCUAUAGGUGAGCCUGUGUGGUUGUUGGUUUCUUUGCUUGUGUCUUCUGUCCUUGUUUUUUGCAAGCAUGUAGAGGAAAGGGUCUUCCUCUGCUUGCAAAAUUCUGGCAAUUUGAGUUUGGGGGUGACUUGUGUAACCUCAUGUCUGGAUAGCAGCAGGUAACUCAUGCAGUAGACCUUGCAUCUCCACAGGUUCGUUGUUUUGCUUGUUUGAGGUUUUUUCCUGCGCUGUCAUUGAUUAUCAUUCAAGGAAAAAAUAAUAUCCUGAAGAUAGGCUCUUCUGAGUUCUUUAAAAAUAAAAGUAGUCAUGUUUUUGUC